UGAUGACUGCUUGUGUCUUCCCUAAAAGAAGCACUAAAAGAAGGCUCGGCUAGUUCAUACCGAUCGAUGGACACUUGCUAUUGGGUACGGCAGUUUCCCUGAGCAUUCCAUGGCGACCUGCAGGAACCAAAAGUAUGGAUUAUUAAUUAGAUUAGCAGACGACCUCUUUGUACUGCAUCGCUCUUCAUCUGAUCAUAAUUAAAGUUGGCAUAGCCGCCAUGCUGACGACCCGAGCUUGAACCUCCUUCGCUGAUGUGUUAUAUAUAUUUCUCCACGAAUGUUAUCUGGUGCAUCACCAAAGAAGAAGAAGAAGAAGAAUCAGCAGCCGGAUCGACUCCACUUGCAAUAAUCCACUCCCAAGGGCCAAGUCCAAGCAAGCGUACCUCCGAGAUCGACAAUGCAGUCGCCGUCGCCGGUGCGGGUGGUGUCGAGGCGCGCCGUGAAGCCGCCGCCCCGGCCGCGCGAGCGCAUCCCGCUCACCACCUGGGACCUCUCCUUGCUCUCCGCCGACUACAUCCAGAAGGGCCUGCUCUUCGCGCCGCCGCCCUUCUCCACCGCACACCUCGUCGACCACCUCCAGGCCGCCCUGGGCGACGCGCUCGCCGCCUACUACCCCGUCGCCGGCCGCCUCGCCACUGACCAGCACCGCGAUGACGCGGGCCGCGUCGUCGGCUGCUCCGUCUCCGUCGACUGCGCCGGCCAGGACGUCGAGAUUCUCGAGGCUGUCGCGGCCGGUGUCGCGAUCGCCGACGUCCUACCUCCCGACGCCGACGUCCCGCGCCUCGUCCGGUCCUUCUUCCCGCUCGACGACGCCAUCAACUUCGACGGCCACGAGCGCCCGCUCUUCGUCGUCCAGGUCACCGAGCUCGCCGACGGUAUCUUCGUCGGGUUCGUGUACAACCACGCGCUCUCCGACGGCACGGCCUUCUGGGACUUCAUCAGCGCGUGGGCGGAGGCCGCGCGCGCCAGGCUGGGUGCCCCCCGCGCGCUACUGCCGCGCGCGGCGCCGCUGUUCGAGCGCUGGUCGGCCGACGGCGGCGCGGCGGCUCCGGUCGUGCUCCCUUACGCCGACCUGUCCGGGCUGAUCGCGAGGCCGACUCUGCCGCCGCCGCCGCAGCGCGAGCGGAUGUUGCACUUCUCGGCGGAGUCCCUGGCGGCGCUCAAGGAGCGUGCGCGGCAGGAGCUCCUGGCAGCCGGGGACGCGGCCGGGGCGGCCGCGGUGACGAGGUUCCAGGCGCUGAGCUCGCUGCUGUGGAGGUGCUUCGUCCGCUCGCGGCGCACGGCGCCGGACCAGGAGGUGGUGUUCCGCGCGUCCGCCAACAACCGCGCGCGGCUCCGGCCGCCGCUGCCGACGGAGUACUUCGGGAACGCCAUCGGCGCCGUGUCGACGGAGGCGGUGCGCGCGUCGGAGCUGCUGGCGCGCGGGCACGGGUGGGCGGCGGCGGCCGUGGGGCGCGCGGUCGCGGCGCACGGGGACGCGGGUAUCCGGGCGCGCGCGGCGGCGUGGGAGGCGGAGCCUGGGCUGUCGGCGUUCAGGCUGUUCGACCCGAACGGCAUGUUCGUCAGCAGUUCGCCCCGGUUCGACAUGUACGGGUGCGACUUCGGGUGGGGGAAGGCGCUGGCGGCGAGGAGCGGCAAGGCCAACAAGUACGACGGGAAGGUGUCUCUGUUCCCGGGGCGGGAGGGCGGUGGCGGCAUCGACGCGGAGGUGGUGCUGGCGCCGGAGCAUAUGGCGGCGCUGGAGCUGGACGAGGAGUUCUGGGCUGCCGUGUCGCCGGACGUAUGGCCGGCGAGGAAAGAUUGAAGCCUCCGCCCUCCGCUGCUGCAUAUGCCUAGAGAUAAGAGAUACAAUAAAUACAAUAAGCUAGCACGAUCAAGUCACCAACUAAUGCUAGAAGCAAGUAUUGGUAUGACUCGUUUUCAGCCAUGCCACAUGAGCCAGAGUUUUUUUUUUAGCGGUGAGCGAUGUUGUUAAGUCUGUCAAAGUUUAUACAAUCUGUUUUGCA